UUUUCGAAUUCUGUAGUGACUGAUGAAGACGUAUUUGGAAGGGUUACAGUUACUGUUUCAUUUCUUUUUGUUCGUUCAACAAAUAUAAAGAUAUUACGAUCCUUGUAAUAAAUAGCUUUUAAGCUCGGGUAAUAAAAAAUGAGCAAUUUUCAUUCUCCUAUGCGGUGUAUUUCACCUAAUGCAAGAGUUCUAACUGCUAAACCUCAAGUAGAACAGACACUGGAUAUCAGACAAGCACAGAAUAAAGCUAGGAACAGUAUUACAUGGUUUUUUGUCAAUAGCUCUUUGCUUGGAAUCAUCGUUUUUGACAUAUUGUAUGGAGGUGCUGCGUAUAAACCAUUUUGUUGGGUCGAGUGGUGUUUAGCCUCUAUAUUUGCAUUGAACGCGUUUUAUCACAUUGUACGAUAUGCUUGGGCAAUAUUCACAUUAAAACCAGUCAUCCUAAGUCCUAGACAAAGACGAUUGCUAGGAGUCUCUGAAGAUGACCCCAUUUUCAAAAAUGAAAUUCCAUCGCCACAAAAGUCAUCGGAGCCAAUAUUUCCAUUGAAUUUGUCUUGCAUUAGUCUGAAUAGGCGUUUGACAUCUUUAAGUUCUCCAGGAUUAAAUGAAUCCAAGAACUUUACAUCGACAAAUCCAUUUUUCAAAUACAGUAGUCCAACAUCUCAAAAAUCUACAUCCAGUCCCAAUGGUUCUUUUAAUAAAUCUCUUAAUGCUUCAACAAAUGCAAAUUUAACUGGUGAGGAUUUGAUUCAAAGCGAGAAAGAACUACAAAAUUAUUUGGAAGAAACUCGACAAAGGAAACAUGUUCUAUCCACUGAUAUCGAUCAACCCUCUAACUUGCUUAGUUCAUUUUGGUCACAUCCUGCGAUUAGAAGUCCAGGAGAGGUAUCUCCUUUAUUGAGGAGCUGCGCAUACCAAUUAGCGCCUAUUAUCGAUAAGUCAAAAUCUACUAGCCCUGGUGCAGAAGAAGGACAUUCACCUAGAGGUAUGCUCGGAGUAUCGGACGUUUGGAGAAAAUACAGGAUAGAUUCUAACAAAGUAAACGAGUGGACGGCUAAUUUACGCAUGUGGAUUAGUAAGACCGUUGUCGAACGAGUGGCUAUGGAAAUUGAUAAUGUGUGCUCCGCUCUAGUUCGUCAUGGUUUAAGCGAUUCCCAACCAGGACAUGUAGGAUUGGAUAGAUUGCGAAAACUUGCUCAAGCACCAUUUUUAGUCACAGCCAUUCCAACAUUACCGACUUUGGUACCAUUCUUAGAACUUUCCAACAAUCAGGAAUAUUUGAUUAAUAGGAUCAAAGUUCUCGCGAAAGGAGGCUCUAUGAGCGAAUUCAAAUGGAAUGGCGGUGGUUGUCACGGUGGCAAAGAAUGGGAUUCUAGUUUGCCGACAGAUUCAGCGAUAAUUAUGCACUUGAUAUCGACAUACAUGGAUACGCAAUUGGAAGCGCCAUUAGAUCAACCCGACGCACGGCCUUUUACCUCCAGAUACAUGGCUAGAUCUGGAAUGUCUUUACCACGGAGCAAAGGACCCAUUAUAGUGUGCCAAUCCAUAAAUCCACCUUAUUAUAGUUUAACGCAUAGUGGUGACUCGUUGCCCAAUGACUACGAGGAAAUACAACGGGGUAGAAACAAUUUGUUUCAUAUAUUAUUGUUGUUCCUAUACAUCGUCAAGACCCGAGACAACGGCAUGUUGGGUCGUGUAAAUUUAGGUACUUCAGGCAUAAAUGUUUUGUGGGUAAUCGACAGUUAAGCGUCCGCACAUUCAUGAAAAUUUCAAGCAUAAAAAAUGAAACAUUCGCUAAAAACCUAAUGAAAUACAAAUCGAACAAAUUGCAUUUCAUCGAAACCGUUCCUAUCUUCAAAUACGGACCGAAAAACGUGACAAAUAUUUUGAUACCACUACAAAUGCUUUAUUCACAGUAUUUACGUUUAUGUACAAAUAAAUCACAAAACAUGAUCCAUGUUUUAAGAACGUCAAUUUUCAAGUAUUUGGCUUGUUGUGUGGUAAAACCAUAAUCUACCACUUUUAAUCGUGGUUAUUGCCAAUUUAUUAAUGUAUUUUGUAUUAUAUAGUUGUAUGUAUACACGCAUAAAGUAAGAAUGACAAUAACAAUGACAGCAAAAUAAAAGAACACAAAACUGUAGGAUUUUGAAGAAUGGAACGAAUCGAUCGAAUAAAUGCGUACGAAGAUGAUAGAUAACGAAUACAUUUGCAUUUCUAUGGAUUGCAAUAUUCAAUACGUCAUUCCUGGGAGUACAUUCCUAUCUGGCGUUACUACCGAUGCAAUAAAUUUUGUAUACAAUUUUAUAUCGCGUUUUUAUUGGAAUUUAACGACCGAAAGUCAUACGUCGUAAAAAAUUAUGUUACACUCGUCGUGCAAUUUAUGAUACAAUCUUUGGAUAAUGAUUCUCUUAAAAAUCAAUCGGUAUGUACAUUAAAGUUUAGCGUCAUAAUAAAAUUAAAACGAACUAUUCAACGUACGGUUGAAAAACAACAAUGUAUUGCUUCGCUAGCGAAUGUCCAACCCUUCCGAGAGGUAUUUGUGCGCGUAACGCUUCCAUCGAAAGUUGCCUGAAUCUAGAAGAAAAACACAUCAAGUGAAAAGAAGACGAUGAAUUCUAAAAAGGAAACUUUUACAAUCAUUUGCCGUUCUGGCAAUAAGCAUACGUAUAUACGCACGUGCGUAUGUGUUUGUGUAUACUUGUAUUUAUUUAUUUAUUUAUUUUAAAUUAUUUACGUAUUCAAAUACGAAUUACCUAUACAUAUUCCUACGUAAUUGUUUUGUUGGAAUUAGCUGGAAACUAAAUGAACCAGAAAAGAUAAAGAACGGUUCAGAAAUAAUGAGAUACGUUUAAAAAAUAGAAUAUUUGAUGCGAAUAGUGAAUCUUGUACUUGUUAAAAGCAAAAGAAAGCAACUGUUCCCAUCUUCCUUUUUCUCUUAUUAAUCUUUCAGACUAUGUAUCAUCUCAUCCCCACAUAUUCUAUGGUUUUUGUAACUUGUUUCAAUAUAAACAGAGAUAUACAACGUAUAGUACAAAAUUAAAAAGAUCAUCUCCGA